CGUGUCGGUGCAGGGCGACCGGUGAUUGGCCGGGUCGGGAGAAGGCGGGAAGGGGUUGGUUGGAGGAGCGAGAUGGCGGCGAACGGGAUGGAAGUGGAGCCGGCGGCAACGCCGAGUGUCAUGGCCUCUGGGGUCACGGGCAGCGUCUCAGUGGCCUUACACCCCCUCGUGAUUCUCAACAUCUCCGACCACUGGAUCCGAAUGCGCUCCCAGGAGGGACGACCCAUCCAAGUGAUCGGGGCGCUGAUUGGCAAGCAGGAAGGCCGGAACAUCGAGGUGAUGAACUCAUUCGAGUUGCUGUCUCACUCAGUGGAGGAGAAAAUUGUCAUCGACAAGGAAUAUUACUACACCAAGGAGGAGCAGUUUAAACAGGUUUUCAAAGAUAUGGAGUUUCUGGGCUGGUACACAACCGGAGGUCCUCCUGACGAGUCUGACAUUCACGUCCACAAACAGGUGUGUGAGAUUAUCGAGAGCCCUCUCUUCCUGAAGCUGAACCCCAUGACGAAACACACUGAU